AUGCAGGGAAAAAGUAACUCGCUUAUGCUCUUGCCUCCCACCGUAGCCGCUGGGGAGACGCUGGACGUGCAGGUGCUUCAUGCCGGUGUACGACAGAUGUGGAUGAACGAGGUCUUCAAAGAAAUGAACAUCAACGGCUACUUGAAGCUGGUAAGAGCUUUGGGUUCUGUUGUUGUGAUGAUUCUGGUUCUAUCGUAA